UUUUAAUAUUUUUUGAGCGAGGAUGGUGAAUUUUUUGGUGGAAAGAGCUACGAGCGAUUCACUGAUGAGGCCUGAUUGGGCUAAGAACACCGAGAUCUGCCAAAUACUUAAUCAUAAUCCUGGGCAAGUAAAAGAUGUUGUGAAAGGCAUAAAGAAGAAGCUCAAAAGUAAACGUCCUAAAGUUCAAAUCCUUGCACUAUCGCUACUAGAUUGUAUGCUAAAGAACUGUGGGGACAUUGUCCAUAUGCAUGUUGCAGACAGAAACAUUCUUCCUCGGAUGGUCAAAAUAUUCAAGAAAAAGAGUGAUUAUAGUGUCAAAGAGAAGAUAUUGAUUCUGGUUGAUACUUGGCAAGAAGAUUUUGGAGGGGCAAGGGCAAUAUAUCCACACUAUUUUGUUGCAUACCAAGAGUUGUUGCGAGCUGGAGCAGUAUUCCCCCAGAGAACUGAGAGGCCUCGAACUCAACUUGCAAAUCCCCAAAAUGUACGCAACUCUGAUCAGCAAGAGGUGGAUGACCCUUCUGGAGAGCCUGACUUCCCAACCCUGAGUUUGACAGAAAUUCAGAAUGCUCGGAGUAUCAUGAAUGUCCUUGCAGAUAUGCUAAACGCGUUACAUCCUACAAACAAGGAGGGAGCUAAGCAGGAUGUCAUCAUUGACUUGGUGGAGCAGUGCCGCACCAACAAACAAAGAGUUGUUCACCUAGUUAAUUCGACUUCGGAUGAAUCACUUCUACGUCAAGGUUUAGAACUGAAUGAUGAUUUGCAGAGAGUACUAGCCAAGCAUCAAGCAAUAGCUUCAGGAAAUUCUCCUCAAGCAGACAAAAAUAAGCCUGAGCCUGCAAGAGAAACCGGGAAUGCCGGUGAUCCUCUAGUCGACACUGGUGAUAUCAGCAACCAGUUUAAUGAGAGAUCUGUCUUUGGUGCUGCUGCAAGUUCUCAACCAGAUAAUACUGCUCCAGCAGCAGCGAGUCCCAAAAUAGACUUGCUUAGUUGCGAUGAUUUCAAUUCACCAGAGGCAGAUAAUUCACUGGCCAUUGUUCCUUCUGGAGAACCACAACAAACAAGUCCUGCACCAGAGCAGAAAGCCACUGUUCCGUAUAUGUUAUCUGAUGGUAACAGCACUUAUGGUUCUUCUAACAUACAAGGUUUCCCUGGACAAACCAAUCCUUGGACUCCUCAGUUUCAGCAGCAGCAGAACUUUCAUGGGAAUAUGGGUCCUUCCUGGAAUAGUCAGCUGGAUCAAAAGCAGCAGUCCCUUUUACCUGUUUAUGGUCACCAGAGCGGUGCCGUACUAGCACUACCACUGCCACCCUGGGAAGCACAACCAGCAGGCUCUAGCCCAGUUCCAGGUGCUCAGUAUCCCCAGCCAAUGGUAGGCAUGCACAUCCAGCCGAUCACAACCGGUAAUUUUUCCACAAUCGAUAAUAACCGGGCCAUGCAGGGAAAUCAGUUUGCUAGUUUUCACCCCCAACAAAGCCAAGGAGUUCAAUAUAUUGGCAUGAUUCCACAUCAAAUGGCAGGUGGUCAAAUGGUUCAUUAUAAUCAACAAGCUCAACAAAUGUAUGGAAACCCACAAAUGGGAGCAUCAUCAGGGUAUGCCCAGCUGCAGUAUCCUGAUCAGCAAAUGCAUAGGCUAUCAAUUAGAGAUGAAAAUGGCUUAAGCAACACUUCUUCAUACCAGGUUUCAAGUUCCUCUUAUGCUCCACCCAGCAAACCUUCAGAACCAGAAGAUAAGAUGUUUGGAGACCUUGUUAAUAUAGCAAAAGUUAAACCAACAACAAAUACUCCUGGAACACCUGGUACAAUGUGAAACCCUGAAUUUCUUUCAUUAU